GCUUUUUUACAGACAAAAGAGAAUUAGCAUUAUCAAUAUCAUGUGAUGGUUAUCAAAUAUUCAAACAGAAAACUGAUGAUAAUUGGAUAUUUUUAGUCAUUAAUAACAAUCUCUCACCUGGAAAAAGA